AGCUAGCUAGCUAGGCAAAGCUGCAGCGCAGGUUUGGAUGCGAGGUCGCGUCGAGGUGUAAUUUAUCCAUUCCACUAGCUGGCUCCGAAAUGCGAUUUAUCAUUUCUUGUAAUACAUGUAGCUGAAGCAAGGUGAUGUUUGUGUUGCUCACCUCACUGGACUUAUUCUGGUUUUAAUUGAAUCUACAAGCAAUGUCUGAGAAAGUAAUUAUUGUCACUUCCAGAUAAAGUCCACAUCACAUGACUGGACUAGCCUUCCAGGUAAUUCCUUUAAUCCAUCACCAUGACAACGGAUGUGAGACUGGUUACUCUGGAUGCCAUGCCGUCUACCACUGAAGACUCUUCAAACAGUAACACCCUCUACACGCAGAGGGAAGACGAGGAAGGGGAAGGAGGGGAAGACACCCCCUCACCCCUUGUCAACCAGACCCUCCCCCACCACCCAGGUAAACCUCACCGGAGGUACUCCACCCAACCUCAAGACUUGAAAGUUAGAUGCCGCACAUCCUCCGGAGACUCCAACAAUUCUCUUGUCUUUGGAGCAAGAACAUCUCCUCUCAUGAACAUCGUCUUCCUCGACGAUUUCGUCAAAGAGGAGAUAGGAAGUGGCUUCUUUGCCACUGUUUACAAGCUGCAGCAUCGAGACACUGGACAGGUGAUGGCUGCUAAGAUCAACACGAAUCAGAAUAACUGGGAUAAUGUACACCAUGAAAUACAACUCAUUAGUCGCUUGGUACACCCUAACAUCAACAGGUUUAUGGGACUCUGCAUCCAUGAGGGCAGUCUGCAUCCACUUUUAGAGUUUGUCAACGGAGGAACGUUAACAGACCUGCUUUGUGACAACCAAGUUUACCUAUCAUGGAUCGUAAGGAUUAGCUUAGCGUCGGACAUCGCUGGAGCUAUGGCUUACCUUCACAAGAAAGCUAUUAUGCACAGGGAUCUAACAUCAUCAAACGUUCUAAUCAAGAGAACUGGUUUGGACAUGAAGGCCAUUAUUUGUGAUUUGGGACUCUCUUGCAGGUUUCCAAGGGAGUUGUCUAGUCUGAAGUCCCCGGUAGGAACUCCAUUCUGGAUGGCCCCAGAGUGUCUGCACUACAAACCAUAUGAUGAGAAGAUUGAUGUCUUCUCAUUUGGCAUAUGUUUGUGUGAGAUGAUAGCAAGAGUAACGGCAGAUCCUGAUGAGCUUCCAAGAUUAAACGACUUUGGUCUAGAUGAAGUAGGCUUCCAGUCGAUCAGUUCAGGUUGUCCAGAGCCUCUCUUAGAACUAGCUUUUUCCUGUUGCAAGAUGAAUAAGAACAGUAGACCAGCGUUUGUAGAUAUUGAGUUUCAACUGCAGCAUAUCAAGAUCAAGCUUGGACGGAACGACAGGCUGAUGACGGACAAAGGUGAUAAAACCACAAGAUCUCGGCGUCACACCGUUUAUUUGAAUGUUCCUAACACACCCAACGCCCCAGCAGUGCAGCAACCGCGUAAGCAUCCUCUAGUACGAAGCAACUCAGACAGAGGGGCACGGGAUCGCAGGCAUUCGCGCCAAAUGAACCGAACAAAUCCCUUUGAUACGCCAUCGUUGAACGGUGGCAGGACAAAGUUUGUGAAUUCAGGUCGGGACCAGCUGAAGCAGCUGUCUCCAGACAUGUCCUUGGACAUCGGUCAAGUGCUUUCCACCUUGUUUGGAAGGACGGACAUCAUGAGUAUCUUUGAGCAGCCGAUAAAAAGAAGACUUUCCGUUUCCUUGCCUUCGUCUCCGGAGCUCCAUCGCCGGGAGCUCUCGAUGGAGGAUGAUGACUUCUAUGAUGAUCUCAUGAGCUGGCCAAGCUCGUCGGAUACCUUUGAACUUAGUACGAGUAGAACCCCUCCCCCUCCGGAUGAUGCAUCACCCCCGUAUGGAGUGGGAGAGUCUGCAGAGUCCGCAGAGUCAGCAUCAUGCAGCAGUGCGCAGGAUGAUACCACUUUGAAUGGAGGGGAGCCUCAUAAUAGCAAUAGAAAUGGACCAAAUGCCAAUGAUAAUAGGAGGUAGGACUGGUAGAAGGGUUCUACUCAAAGACUGAAUGUGAAUGGAUGGGAGGUCUAUGCAUGUAUGCAUCAUCAACAAUGGCCCUUUAUCUAGGCUGAAAUAAAUGAAAAUGCCAAAUGUGAAAAAGGUUGUAUCUUAAGAAGAAAUGGGUUUGGAGUUUCAAAGGUUAUUCUUACCUAUCGCAUGUGUAUCUACUAUGCAGACAAAGAGAGAUUAAGUCUUAACCAAUGAUAUGAAUAUGCAUAUGUUCAUCUAUAGUCAUACAGUAGUUAUUCAGCAUUUUACUCAUUUUUGCCGUUCUCUGAUCGUGGCAUUAAGCUCUUGUAUAGCUUGCAUACUUUAUCUACUACGAGUGUCUUGUAUAGUACAUGAUUACAUGAUGAUUAGGAUUUUAUCUGAAAAGCCAACUCUCAUACUCCUGGAUGUGGAGAGUCAAUGAUAAAAGCCCUGCCUUGAAGAACUCCACCUGGUCAUCAAGCAAAUGUUAGAAAUAAUCGAUAAGUAAAAAUAGGAAACAUCAUCACUCGGUGCAGUUUUUAAAUGGGCAUCCAGUUUGAAAUUUGUGU